AUGGGCCUGGAACAAUCAUCACGCGAGAAUGGUCUUCACGCAACGCACCUCACGCUAGCCUACCGGUUAGCCCAGCAAGAUGUGAUAUUAGAUUUACAACUGGACGAAAGGCUGCUGCCUCGGGGGCACUUUCUCAGCUAUCAACUAAAAGGUAGUAAUGGAACCAACAAGGUAGUUGAGCGGUACGAUAGUCCGAACCAGGUGGAGUUGUGCCACUAUCGGGGGACUAUUAGAGACAUCGAAGAAUCCAGUGUUGCACUGUCUACUUGUAACGGAAUACGUGGGGUAAUAUUCGAUGGUCGGGAAACAUACUACAUCGAAAACGAUGGAACGAGACAUGGCGUUAAAGAUGUCGAAGCUGUGGAUCACUACAUCUACAGGCAUUCAGAUCUGCUGACAAAACCAAAGUGUGGCUACGAAGGAGGUAUCAAUACAACCCAUGAUCCUCUACUACAUCAAGAAUCGGAAUUCAACCGACUUUCUAGACAUAAACGAGCUACAAAAUCUUCUUCCCCAAUCCGAGGGCCGUAUAAUGCCAACAAACACUCGAGCUACGUUGAGCUGGUGAUCGUUAUCGACAAUAAGAUGUUCAAAAGCAUGAAGGAAAAUUUCAAAGCAGUUCAACAGUACUGUAAAGACAUCACCAACAUCAUAAAUGCACUGUAUGAACCACUGAACAUAUUUAUCGGGUUGGUUGGUGUUGUGAUUUGGAACGAGGCAAACGAAAUCGAGCUGUCUAGCGAUGGAGAGAUCACGUUGAAGAAUUUCCUGCACUACCGCAAGAAGACGCUCUCCAAGGAUCAUCCCAACGACAACGCGCAGUUGUUCACGAAAGAACACUUCGAUGGUGGAGUCGUCGGAAAAGCUCUGAAGGGACCGAUCUGCACGUAUGAGUUCAGUGGUGGUGUGGAGAUGUACCACAGUGAAAUAAUAGGAGUUCAAGCAACAACAGUGGCCCACGAGAUGGGUCAUAAUUUUGGAAUGGAACACGAUACGCCGGAUUGCAAAUGUCCGGAGGAUCGUUGCAUUAUGUCAGCCUCGAGUUCAUCAACUGCGCCGCGACACUGGAGCAGUUGUAGUAUCGACCAGCUUAAUUUGGCGUUUCAUCAUGGUAUGAACUAUUGUUUGAAGAAUAAACCAACCCAGCUGUUCGAUUCUCCAGUGUGCGGGAAUGGUUUCGUCGAGCCGGGGGAGCAGUGUGACUGUGGAUUGCCAGAUUUCUGCGAUAACUCUUGUUGCAAUCCUCGAACGUGUAUGUUGCAUUCGAAUGCUUCGUGCGCAACCGGGGAAUGUUGUGAUUUGAUUACCUGCAAGCCAAAGAUUGGUGGAACGGUGUGUCGAGAAGCAGAAGGCGAGUGCGACCUACCGGAGUAUUGUUCCGGAGAAUCGGAGUACUGUCCUAACGAUGUGUUCAAGAGGGAUACGGAAGUGUGCGACGAUGGAAAGGCAUUUUGCUACAAGGGCUCUUGCAGGUCACAAAACGAUCAAUGUCGUCUGCUUUGGGGACCAACCGGGAAAUCGUCGGAUCAAUGUUACAAGAAAAAUGAAGAAGGGUCUCGCCAUGGGAACUGUGGUUAUAAUCGUAUCAAGAACGAAUACGUUAAAUGUGACGAUGGAGAUGUUUUCUGCGGAAUGCUGCACUGUAGACAUUUGAACGAGCGACUGGAGUUCGGCAUGGAAUCGGUGGCUAUUUUGUCGCACAGUUUCAUCACAUUCAAUGGUAGCGUGAUUCCAUGUCGAUCGGCAAUCGUUGAUCUGGGACUGCAGAAGGUUGAUCCGGGACUAGCACCGGAUGGGGCCAAAUGCGGAGAGGGAAAAAUGUGUUUGAAUCAGGUUUGUAUGGCGGUCGAGAGUCUUCGAGCCAAAGGAAGCGGCGUCGAAUGCCCGGAAAAUUGCAACGGAAAUGGAAUCUGCAACAGCGAAGGUCACUGCCACUGCAACAAAGGGUUUGCUCCGCCGCUAUGUAACAGUCCUGGUAAUGGAGGCUCUGAAGACAGUGGACCCGCUUCGGAUCCCAAUGCGGGAAGCGGAUUUACACGAUUCCUGUAUAUUUUCUUCCUAGGAGUCAUACCAUUUUGCUCCAGUGUCGCAUUCAUUGUGUACUACAUCAAACAACACCACGGACUCACCAAGCGCAAACCUCCAAAUGUGAUGAACAACAUGAACGACAUGAAGACGGAUUCCUCACGAAGCACAGGCUCAACACAUACGAUGGUACCAUCAUCACCGAACUCCCCGGAUGAUAUGAACUCGGCCUUGCUGCGACCGUCUACGGAGUCGUCCGACAUUAUCAGUAACAACAACAUGUUCGGUAAAUUCAAAGGAUUCACUCUGCAACCCUUGCCUAAACAUGGCGCUAGUCUCAAAUCACCCAACGUAGCUUUUGUCCAUCCGAUAUCCAAAUAUAGCGAAGACACUAGUAGUACCGUCCCAAGUCGCCCAGCUCCUCCUGCUCCUAAGCUUAAGCCUGCGGUACCGCCACAUGGCACUCAGAUCGGUAAUAAUACCAACAAUAAACCGGCAGGUAUCCACCAGAUCAAUGGUUACAAACUUGCAAACCACGAGCAUCAAAUGGAAAAUGCCCCGGCAUUACCUCCAUUGAAUCCGGGAUCGACCGCCCGACCUAUAAUAUCAAGUCCCAUACUAGAAUCGUCAACGUGUACUUCACGGGAGAUUAGUUCUCCUCUAAAGCACCAAAAUACUGGUAACGGAACUGUCCCUAUACGACCGGCUCCAGUUCUUCCAAUUCACGCGAUUUCUGCAGGUUCCGAUGAUAGCAUGACUCCGGAAAUUCUUAUCAAUCCGACUAGUAAAGAUAAGAAACAACGAGAAGGCAAACUAAAUCGCAUAACUUCUUAUCUGAAGAAAGACGAAAAACCUCCGAAACCUGAACCCAAAAACAUCAAAAUAGCGGACAAGGAAAAGCUUAAAAACCUGGAGAUUUCCGCUCCAAUUCCGAUCGCUUCUGAUCUAGCCAAAAGUAUGCCAAAAUUGAACGAAACAAACACGAUUGGACGCACCGCCACAAGUGUUCAGCGGGCUAAAAGUAUGCGUGAUCCAGAAAUGGCUGAAAAACGAUCGCCCGGCGAUGGUCAAGCUUCGGAAUCACCACGAAAACCUACAACUCUAAAACGGCCUCAAAGCAUGGUUGGCUCACGACCCACAAUGCCACCCCCAAGACCACCCAUUCCGAUAGCUCCUUCAAUUGUCGCUCUCAAACACUCCGAGGGCUAUCACAGUCCUCCACCGCCGAAAUCUGUCAGAAUAGUGACACCCGAUGACCUGACCUACGACGAUUGCAUUGACACGGACUCACAACCGAAUUCGAUCGACACAAUCGGUUCAAUGCUUCAGGACAACAUCUACUCAGUGAUAGAUGAGUCCCCUUCUCCACCGAGUAUCCUGUCGCCUCCAACAACUCUUUCAUCCGAAAGUUCCGACAGCAUGGGACUCCUCGGGGAGAUUGUGAACGAAAUCCAAAGUCGUGGUAGUGAUUCGGUAUAUAUUGCAUCCACACUUAAAAAGGAGGGGGGCCUUCAGAGUGGUCGAGCACCGCAUGCUGAGGAAGAAGAAGAUGAACCAACUUAUGUCAAUACCUCAGAAAUUUUGGACGAUGAUGAUCUAGCAGGGGCUACUGGAGACGAAGAAGAGCCUUAUCCAUCGGCUCUUAAGUCUAGCUUAAGUUCCGCAAGCAGUGGAUAUGUAAGGCCGUCCACAAUCAACACUCCAAUUGCUCGGGUUGCUCCCACGAAACCGGAAAGUGUAUCAACUAAUUUAAGUAGCUUUAAGAAUGGUGGCGACCCGCUAAGUACGCUCAAGUUCGAAGGACCGGUCGAAUCGAAAGCCAAACCAGCGGCAGCAUCGUACAAGCCUUAUCACAGUACGGUGACAAAUACCCGGCCUGGUUCCGUCGUAGCGGCCACCAAGGCCAAAAUAAGUCAGGAAAAACUAACCAAUGGAGGUGAGAAACCGCCGGCUAGCAAACUUACUCGGAACCCAACUCCGCCAAAUCUAACAACAACUGCCGGCAAGAAACCUCUUAAUACUACCGUCCGGACGCGGAGUCCUUCACCAAAGGGUCGUAUCACUCCGAACGGAACCGUCCCCGGUAGCGGGACUAAAGCCGCUACCGCCCCGAAACCAAAAACGGCUGCUAAACCGGAAAGCGCCAUCAAGCCGAAGGUUUCAUCGAAUAGUAAAAUACUAACGGCCGCGGCACGACCAACUCCGGGUCGUGUGUCCAAUGUGGCCUCGCUUCAGCAAAAGUUCGAAGCGAAGAAGUAGUUGAAGUGGCGAUGGUUGAAUGAACAGAUGCUCCGUACUAUCUUUUAUUGUAAAUUUCUUCCUAGAAACACUGUUAUAGUAUUUCUCGAACGAAUCGUUCAUAUUAUGUUAAUAUGGACUCUAAUUGCUGAGCUGUGUACAUGAAAAUGGCUUUCUCUAGGAAAAUUCUAUCAGCUUAUUAUGAAUGCAUUGAUGAAACAUCAAUAAGGUUCUAAUAAUUGGAAAAUAUGAAAACACGUAUAACGACAGCCAACUCCAAUCUAUAAAUAUAGAAAUUAAAACUACA